UGCAUGCUUUUGACUUACUUGUCUGUAACCGUAUUUAAAAUAAAUCAUUAUUACGAUUAUUGUUGUACGAUUGCUCAGCGUAUUUAAACCGAAUAAAAUUUUCCGUGCUAGGCAGGAAUACCAAUUAAGUAGCUUUUAGAUGCUUGGACUGCUUUCGAUACAUGAUGAAGUUGCAAAUAAAUUGCCUGUUAGCCGCUCUCCUCGCCGUAUCGAGCGGAAAUGCAAAAACUUUUACACCAACAGAGGAGUUCCAGAAGGCCCCCGACCUUGGUGGGAUGCAGGAGUCAAACGAAACUGAAAGUACCCAAGGUCAGACAGUCCCAAUGGCCACGGCCAUGGGUGAGGUGGUCCACUCCAGCAACUCUAGUAACUCCAGCAACUCUAGCAACUCUAGUAACUUUAGCAACUCUAGCAACUCUAGUAACUCCAGCAACUCUAGCAAUUCCAGCAACUCUAGCAACUCCAGCAACUCCAAGCUGGGAUCAAGCAAAAGUGCACAAGGUCAGCACCAGCGUCAGCGUCAGCCAGCAACAACUGUUUUGAAGCACAUCGUUCGUAAGAAGAGAGAUAUUUUUCUGCAAGAUACCCCCUACGACUUUAAUACAAUACAUCAGUCCUGCGAUUUUGAUGAGCGCGGGAGACACCGCAUUGUCAUGUUCUUCCCGAAUCAUUGCAUUUGGACCUGGAACAACAAGUACGUUCACGAGGGUUUCUAUUAUCUCUUCAAGCUGUAUCAGACGGAGGCCUUCUUCUUUGGACAGUACAACGAACGCUUGAAACAGUACGAAACCGUACCCCACGUCUGGACCAAGGACUAGAAGGAUACGGAAGAUGCAUCAGUGAAAUUAUCUGUAACUAACUGGCCCGAUGGGUCCGACGAUAAGCCUAAACUAUUAGGCUGACAUAUUUUGAUUAAAUUGUCAUGGGCGUUGUUUCGGAUUUCA